GUGUUAGUAAGUAGUAAAAAUAACUUCUACAACAUGGCGUCGAAAAGCAAAAUUGAACGGAUCCUUUUGUGAAUCAGCUUGCGUAUAAAUUCCCAGAACGCAUCUUUUCUGUAGUGUCGAUUUGGUGGAGUUGCUGUAUUGAGCACCUGAGGACAUGGCUAAUCCCUUGGACUUGAAGUUGGUGAUCAAACAUCUCUCAAAUGGGACGCUCAGUGAAAACCUGUGCAUAAAUUGUUUGAAGCCUCUCGCGGACCAGUAUGAGAAUGUAUUCACGAAAGUAUGUAAAUACGACAAGGAGUAUUGCAUUGCUGAUGUGCUGGAGAUAAUGUGUGAAGUUACGUUACCAAAUACAGAGAACUACAAUAUUUGCAUCAAUUGCUUCAUGAUGGCUUCCAUGGCAUACAAGUUUUAUUUGCUAUCCAAGCGGAGUCAAGAAGUCCUGAAUUUUUACACAGACGAAUUACUUCACAAUAUUGACCAAAUUCAAUUAAUAGGGGAAACUACAAAUAAAACGUUAUGUUUCUCUCUACCGGAAAUGUUGAUCAAUACACCUGUUUACGAUUUCCAUCUCCACGCAAUAGGUAAAGAAAAUGAUACCGAAAUUAUUAAAAAAAUAAAAACUGAAGCUCCUGAAAAGCAAAGUAUAGAGAAAGAUGAUGAUGAUAAUGUAGUGUUUAUAAUACAAGAUGAUGGUGAGCUAGCUUUCUACCGAGCACUACCGGACGGUAAUCUGAUGCAACUUGAAGAAGCAGAACCAUUCAUGGAGAAGUUUAGAGCAUCGUUAAGAGUUGAUGAAGGGGAAAAGCCUAAACGGAGAAGGAAAAGAGGUCCGAUGUCAACUAAGCAUUGUAGCAGGUGUCCCGUCAAAUAUCACUUUAUUGCCAAACUUCAGGAGCAUAUGAAAACUGAACAUAAUGUUAGUCUAUAUGUUUGUAAGGUUUGUAAAGCAGUAACGGAAGAUUACCAGGAAUACCACAGUCACUUGAAGACUCAUACAAACGUACACCAGUGCGCCCUGUGUAACACUGUGUUUAAGAAGAGAAGUACCAUUAUCAAGCAUCUCAAGUGGCACGAGAGGAGGAAAAAUAUUAGUAAGGCAGAAAACGCUCACAUCUGCGAAAUAUGCGGAGUGAUCUUAGAAGAUGAAGUGUCUCUGCGUCAGCACUAUGACACUAAACAUUGUAAGAAGUUCACAUGUUACUACUGCGGCAAGAUGUAUAAGGGAGAAAUGAGCUUUGAAAUGCAUAUCAAGAAACAUGAACAGAAAAUGGGAGAGCAGAGUGGCAACAAGAGCGUCCCAGUAAAGAAAGAAGCACAAAAAUCAACUUCUGUCAAGCAGAAACAAGCCAACGAGAAGCGUACUAUGUGUUCUACUUGCGGAGGGUAUUUUGUGGAUGAACGGUCACUGCUGUGGCAUCAGCGGCUGCAUACUAAUGAGAGGCCUUAUAAAUGUGAUGUGUGCGGGCGCGGCUUCGUGUCGCAGAACCGGCGCAACCAGCACGCGGUGUGCGCGCACACGGCGCCGGCGCGGCGCUGCCCGCUGUGCCCCGCGCUCUUCCAUCUGCGAUCCAUGGUCAACACGCAUAUUAAGAAGGUGCAUCUAAAAGCGCAUAAACGCCGCAACCGCAUUAGCAAGCAUCAGAACGUGCACUGGCGAACUGAAACCGUGCCCAUACAGGAGCUCAGCGUUGACAUACAGAAUGACAUCCUCGAGUUACAAGCCGCUAACCAGCAGCAGGAAUGGGCACCUGAAGAAAGUCAAUCUGACAUGAAUGAAAUGGACAUUACCUUGCCCAGGAGUUACGUUCGACAGGAACGUCUUGAAGCUUCGGAUAAAAAUAAAAGACCAUAUGCUGUAGACCUAAAGUCCCAAAGGUUAUUGCCGCAGCAAAAUAAUGAGAUUUAAUGCUACUAAAGGUCAACAUUAAGUUUGGUUGUAGAAUAUUGUUUGUAUGAAACUCUUUAUGUUAUGUAUACUAGUCUGAAUUCUUAGGAAAUCGCCUCUGUGUUGGUGACUAGGGAAAUACGGUUUCCGAGUUGUUAUGUGUGUACCUUCAAACUGGAGCAGUAAUGUAUUUAAAUAAAUAAAUAAAAUGUGUCUUGCAAUAA